AUGGCGAUUUGUGCUGAUGCCUCCCCUGGGUUUUGCGGUGGUACACCGGCAUCUGCUGGUGCUAUCCCUGGAUUUUGUGGUGGUACACCGGCAUCUGCACCGUUUUCUCCCUGGAGCCCAAUGCCGUUGUUUUCACGUGCAUUUGCUGAGAAACAAGGUGGGAUAGGGUCGAGGGCGAAGGAUGCGGGCGGGUAUAUACUUUGGUACUCAGGAGUCCAGAAAGGUAAGAAUGGAGUGGGUAUCUUAGUAGAUAGGGAACUUGGAGAGUCUGUGUUUGAGAUUAGACGAGUGAAUAAUAGAUUGAUGAUUAUUAAGUUGGUGGUUGGACAGUGCACCCUAAACGUCGUUAGUGCCUAUGAGUCACAUGCGGGCCUGGAUGAGGAGGCUAAACGGCGCUUUUGGGAGGGGUUAGAUGAGAUUGUGCACCAAAUUCUGCCUGCUGAGAAUCUAUUCAUAGGAGGGGAUUUCAAUGGUCAUAUUGGGUCGACCGUAGGUGGUUAUGGCGAGGUGCAUGGAGUCUUCGGUUUUGGGGAGAGGAACGGAGGAGGUACCUCACUGUUGGACUUCGCUAAGGCUUAUGGGUUGGUGAUUGCGAGCUCUAGCUUUUCGAAGAGGGAGGAGCAUUUGGUUAAUUUUUAA